AGGAUACCAAGCCCUUGACACUGGUCACGUGAGUCCGAAGUCCCUAUGCUAUUAGGCUUCACUGAGUCUGCAUUCUUAUCUCUGAUAGCUAAGAGAGUUGUUCACAGGGUUUUUCCGUGCGGCAUCAAAAAUGAGUGGUAGGACAGUCUUGAGAGACGAAGGGAUGCUCAAAGAGAUUUUCCAACUCUACGACACCACGGGAGGGGAUAAGAUUGACGUCACUCAACUCGGGCAGGUUCUAAGAGCGGCCGGGCUGAACCCAACACAGAGUGAAGUUCACAAAUUGGAACGCGACGUUGGUAAGUCAAGUGUUUCCUUCGAAGAAUUCUUGCCGAUCUACAACUCUGUCGCUCAGCACAUGGCCAGCGUGACCAGAAAAGCAACCCCUGAACAAGUCGUGGAUUGUUUUAAGCAUUUCGAUCGCGAGGGAAGCGGGUGUAUUUCGUCUAGUAUGCUACGCCAUGUUCUGACUUCUUUGGGAGAGAAGCUCACAGACGAGGAAUUUGAUACUUUGUCUUCAGGGCAUGUGAGUUCCAAGGGCGAAAUAAACUACGAAGCGUUCGUUCCUGCGAUCAUGGCAAACGCCGACUGAAUGGAAACUUAAUAACGCGUGUGUGUGUGCCUCGUAAAGUUUGACUCCCAGCGAACUGAUGGAACGAUAAACAACGUAGAAACUGAACUGAAGACAAUAUCGGGUAAAAAUAGUUGAAAGUAUUGUCUUGACACGCAAUGUUGACCUUUACAAACACGUUGAAAUUUAUUGCCAUUUAUGUCUGUCUAAAGGAUCAUAAAACCGGCAAUUAAAUCUUAAAGUUACAACAGACUCCCUGAAAAAACAAAGGGUUAUGCUAAAAGGCUAAUCUUUAUGGAGCCGACCAAACGACUAAAGGAAGAUGAAGAAUGUUUCAUCUAUUCAUAGUUAGUAUUUAUUAAAAGUCAAGAUUGAGUUGUCAACAGUGAAAGAAAAUUGUUAAGCUUUAUAAACUCCCUUAUAAGUAAACAAAUGGGCAUAUGGUUAGAUAACAGAGUGAUAUGGAAAAUUAUCUAUGAACUCCUGUAUGUUCUGGGUAUUUUGUAUGCGAAGAGUGAUAGCUUAUUGUCUGUUGUUGUCAAACAAGCUUUUGCAUACUCUGUUCAGUGAAUCACUUCAAAACCGCUUUUUUGUAUUCAAAGAUGGUAUGCAAAUUUGAAGAAAUGUAUAUAACAUUCAAUAUAAGGGAUAAUAAAUUAAGUAUUGACAUUAA